AUGGCGUCUUACGAAAUUGAAGUGAAGCUUUCCUCUGCCACCAACCUUAAGAACGUGAACUGGCGCAACGGUCCCAAUAGUCCAUACGCCGUCGUUUGGGUAGACCCGAACCAAAAACGCUCCACCAAUGUCGACAAAUCGGGCGACACCCAAGCCAACUGGGACGAGAAACUCGUCAUCCCCUUGCCGCCGUCGGCGACCAUUGACGACUCCACCCUCUUCGUCGACGUGUUUCACGCUUCCUCCGAGUCAGAAGGCAAGCCACUUAUCAUCGGCUCGGCUCAGCUCCGACUUAUCGAGGUCCGAAACGACGUCGGAAUCGGGGAGCGCGCUAGCCGUACAUUGAAGCUGAAGCGCCCAUCUGGUCGACCACAAGGCACGGUUGACGUUAAAGUCGUCAUCGAAGACACUGGCUAUCGUGCGCGCAGUGCGUAUGAAGCUCCUGCUUACUGUGUUCCACCACCUUCGCCAGCGUAUGGUGGUAGUUCAUACAAUGCAGCACCACCCACCACAGGGUACGGUGCACCCAUAGCCGCUGCAUACGGUGCACCUGCAGCCGCUACAUACGGUGCACCCGCAGCCACUGGGUACGGUGCAGCUCCUGCCACUGGGUACGGUGCAGCGCCUGCCACUGGGUACGGUGCAGCGCCUGCGAGUGGGUACGGUGCAGCCGCAUCGUACGGGCAAGGAAGUUAUGGGUACGGGCAGGGUGUGCAGACGGUGAACGUGGCAGCACAGGCACCGGUGGAGGAGAAGAAGAAGAGUAAGUUUGGUGGGAUGGGGAUGGGAUUGGCUGUGGGUGCUGUAGCGGGUGGGCUUGGUGCACUCGCACUUGGAAAAGGUGUGGACAUGAUAGAGGACAAGAUUGCUGAUCGUGCGGCUGAGAAGGUUGAGGAAGAUUAUUCUGGUUAUCCUGGGGAAGAUUAUUCUGAUUAUGACUUCUAG